CGUUAAAGCUUCAAGCACAGUAUUAAAAAAUAAAAAAAAUUAAUUUAAAAAUAAAAAUUGAAAAAAUUUUAAUCUCCAAGGAAGAUGACUCGUUUUGCUGUUUACGUUUUACUUAGCACCCAUCUUUUCUUAGGCGUUUUGAGCAAUACCAACUACUGUGACAUAUGCAAUGACCACAUAGCUUGCAAUAAUAAUGGAGAAAAAGCUGCUGAUUGUGCUUCAGAUGCAGCACUGGUUAACAUAACACCUGAACUCAAAAAUCUACUCCUCGAUGCACACAAUAGCAAACGUAAUUCCGUGGCUGGUGGUAAUGUAGAAAAUCACAGUCCAGCAUGUCGUAUGGCUACUAUGCAGUGGAACGAUGAGUUGUCCUCACUUGCUGCCUUAAAUGUGAAACAGUGUGUCAUGAAACAUGACUCGUGCCACAAUACAGUGGCUUUCAAAUAUUCUGGGCAAAACUUAGCUUAUAUUGGCUUUUGGAAUGAACCAAAUUACCAAACCUUAUCAACAAGAGCAGUGGACUUAUGGUUCGGGGAAUACAAAGACAGUAAUAUGAAAUAUAUACAAAAAUUUCCUUCAGAUAAUUCAAUUCUGUUUAAAAUUGGCCAUUUUACAGUUAUGGUGGCGGAUAGAAAUACUCACGUGGGAUGUGCAGCUUUGACUUAUUCAAAACCUAAUUCAUAUAAAGUUUUUCUGAUUGCUUGUAAUUAUGCAACUACAAAUAUCGUUGAUUUUCCAAUUUAUGGUGAUUGUCCUACUGCCGGUACUGGUUGCGUUACAGGUACUAAUCCGUCGUACCCAAAUUUAUGCAGUCUUUCUGAACAGUACAAUGUUAAUAAAUUUUAUAUGGACGUGUUCUCAGCCAUCGACCUUGGAAUCUGGCUCGCGUUCUGGGUAUUUUCACAGGACUAUGGUUUACCAUACAUGAGGACCCUUUUUGCACCAUUUACAAAUCAAAACAGAGGCAGUAAUGGUAGGCAAGGCGGUGGCUGGAAUUCUGGUGGUGGUGGUGGCGGUGGAGGAGGAGGUGGUGGCGGUAGUUGGGGCUCAGGAAAUAGUGGUGGUAACAAUAGUGGAGGUAAUGGAGGACUACGACCAAACAGACGUAUUGGUCGCAUAACGAACUCUAUGGAUUUUAAAAUCUAUCGUUUUCGAAAUGCAACCUUGUAUUUUGAGUUUAUGACAACACGUCAACAAAAAUUUCACCUAUAUAAGCAGACCUACCGGAAAAAGUUAUUAUCUAUAAUGGUUUACAUAGACAGAGAUGGACGUGUCCUUAACCAUCGGCCUUGGAAUUUGGCUCGAAUUUUAGGCAUUUUCACUGGAAUAUGGUUUACCAUAUUGUGCUUCAUAAAAACUAUACUUGCACCAUUUACAAAUGAAAACAGAAGUAAUAAUGGUAGACAAGGCGGUGGCUGGAGUUCUGGUGGAGGAGGCGGUGGUGGAGGGGGAGGUGGUGGUGGUGGUGGUAGUAGCGGAAGAGGUGGUGGUAAUGGUUGGGGUUCAGGAUAUGGUGGUGGAAACAAUAAUAGAGGCAAUGGUGGGUUAGGACCAAAUAGAAAUAUUGGUCGUAUAACAAAUUCUAUGGAUUGCAAUAUACCUGGCGGUGGAUGUGGAUGUGGAUAAUUGUAAUUUAAAUAAAAGCCGGAAAUAGAUAAGAGUAGCACUCAUAAACCCUUAAAAUUUUUCACACUGCCGAAAUUAAAUGUGAUAAUUUAUUUCUGCAUAUUAAUUUGCUACUAUUAUAUGUUACUUUUAAACUUAUAAUUACAAGCAGUACCUUUAAAAAAGGUGAAAAUUCUUUUGAAAUAAAUCCCU